AAGCAUGCACACAUCUGUUUUGCUUUGAGUCUGACCUACUGUGCCGGCAGAAGUCUCUCGGCUGUUGUGGGUGAUGCGGUGGCAGAAGAUCCUGGUGCUGGCACGAGAUUGCGGUACAUUGCUUUUCCUGGGCACUGUCAUCUUGGGUGAGGAAGCUAAGGUAUAGUGAGUCCAGGAACACUGAGAAGGAGUCCCCUCGCACAGUUUCCAUUUUCCAAGUGGAUUUUGUUGAUUGGAAUACAGAUUGAAGACUUGAAAGCAGCAUGCUUUUCCUCUUGAAACUGAUUGUGAUUCCACUGUACCUGGGUUAUUCUCAGGGCCUGGCGGCCUUCACCGUUUCCUCUCCUGAGCUGAGAGUGCACGUGGGUGAUUCAGCUUUGUUGGGAUGUGUUGUCCAGAGCACAGAAGAGAAACAUGUCAUCAAAGUAGAUUGGGUGCUCUCAAAAGGGGAACGUGCUGAGAAUGAAUACGUGCUAUACUAUUACUCCAACCUUAGCGUGCCUACGGGGCGCUUCCAGAACCGCUCGCGUUUGGUGGGUGACGUCUUACAAAAUGACGGUUCUCUCCUGCUCCAAAAUGUGCAAGAGGCUGACCAGGGAACCUACACUUGUGAAAUACGCCUCCAAAGUGAGAGCUUCGUGUAUAAAAAGUCCGUGGUGCUGCGCGUGCUGCCAGAGGAGCCUAAAGAGCUCACAGUCCGUGUGGGUGAUUCAGCUCAGAUGGGAUGUUUUUUCCAGAGCACAGGAGAGAGACAGGUGACCAAAGUUGACUGGAUGUUUUCUUCAGGAAACCAUGCCAAGGAGGAGAUCAUCUUGCGCUAUGACGUCAACACGCAUAGCGGGUACUUCCACAACCAGGGCCGCUUCCGCAGCCGUGUAAACCUGAUGGGUGACACCUCCCAAAACGAUGGCUCUAUCUGGCUUCAAACGGUGAAGGAGUCUGACCAGGGAGUCUACACCUGCAGCAUCUACCUGGGGAAGCUGGAGUCCAGGAAAACCAUUUUGCUGCGUGUGGUCCAGGACAAAUCUCCAAUGCCGAUUUCAACAACUCCACCUGACGGGAAUCAGCUCUUCUCCGUCCUGGAUGGGAAUCAGGUGGUGAUCAUUGUGGGGAUUGUCUGCGUCACCUUCUUGCUGCUUCCUGUUUUGAUAUUAAUUGUGAAGAAAACCAAGUGGAGUAAGAGCUCAGUACAUUCCAUGGCUUCUGUGAAGAGCUUGGAGAGCAAAGAGAAGACUAAUCUAGAGAAACAUGUCUACUCCUCAAUAAAUACAUGGGAGGCGGAGGAAAGAGGACCAAGUGGACAGUCAGAGGGCACCUACAUGACCAUGCACCCAGUUUGGCCCUCUUCCCCUAAACCAUCCAGCUUGGCCCUCUCUUCAGUCAGAUUCAAAUAAUGCCAUUGGGAGAAAAAAAAAAAAUCUCCGGGAAUUCCGGAAACAGAGAAAACUUUCUGAGAAGAAAAGAGAAAGUACUUUAUCUUGGCGGUGGCAAAGACUGUUCCUGGUGUCCCCCGAGCCACCGUGCCAGCUAUUGUAGACUUCUGCUUCCAGCUGGUCUCGGCCUCCACCAAAGGCCUGAAGAUGGAGGGCUUGGAGCCUGGCAGGAAGACCGAACUGAUAAUCAGGCACUGAUGAGGGGAGGGAGGCCAUGGAUGUUCCCCAGAGAUGGCGUGCCGCCCGGUGGGGGGGGGGGGUGCUGGCUGAUCUACAAGCACGUGGUCUCAAGCACUCUGCUGGACUGGAUCUGACAUGUGAACAGUGUUUUCUUGUGGAUGAGCUACUAAGAGACUCGAAGAGAUAUAAACCAACAAACCUAAUUCUUUUGAUGGAUCAUCCUCAAAUAAAUGUGGUUUGUGGGAA